UCCCCGGGCGGGGGGCGGAGGCAGCGGGACUGGGGAACCUGCCGCUGCCGCCGGCGGAGCGAGUCCGCCCCGGCAGCAGCAUGGGAGGGACCCGGCCCGGGUUCGCCUUCGCCCGCCAGAUCAGGAGGCAUCCCGGACUCAUUCCCCUCAUCAGCUUCAUCGGCCUCGGUCUGGGCAGUGCCGCGCUGUACCUGCUCCGCCUGGCCCUCUGUAGCCCCGACGUGAGCUGGGACAGGAAGAACAACCCAGAGCCAUGGAAUAAACUGAGUCCAAACGACCAGUACAAGUUCAUGGCGGUUUCCACCGACUACAAGAGCUUGAAGAAGGAUCGGCCCGACUUCUGAGGCCCCCCAUGGCAGGUCCGGGCGCCCCCCGCCAGGCCCGGCUGCCCCCCGCCCCGGUAUCCCCUGCUUCCCGCUCGGGGCCCCGGUAGCUCCGGUGAGCUGCCUGUGUCGAUGCUCGACCCCGCGCCCUGAUGCCCCGGCGAUGGGCACCGCCCCAGCACUGCAAUAAAACCCCCACGUGCCACGCAA